GACGUGGCGAUGGCGGGCGUGCGAACUGAUAAGUGGACGCGCGCGUCCACCAGUCUCGAUCGCUCGUGAGGCGGCCGCCGCCGCGUGAACAUGCGUUUCAAGGCGUUCUGAUUGUCGUCGUCGUCGUCGUCGAUCGCCGCGAUUGAAGAAAAUAUUUGUUACAUGUAGAAAAUGUCGGCAAGGAAACUAUUCUAAAGGUAACGGACUGGUUACGUCGAAUUUGGGAAAUGAGACGGCGUGCUGGCGGACCGGUGCAACAAUGGAUUGAUUCGAUACCGUCACCAGCGAAAUCGGACGUUGCCAUCGCAAGCGAAUGCCGGGAAGAUGGCUCAAGUGAACCGACAACAGAGCCUAAAGAUAUUCCGUUUCGCACGGAAUUGAAGCCUCCAAGCAUGACAGUGUCAGCCCCCGUUAAUGUUCCUAACUCUCCAGCAAUGAACGCACCGAUACUCCCGAGCUCGCUUCCUCAUCGGCUGGCUCGGGACGCGAGCUUUCAAUCGGACAGCAGUCGUUGCAGUAGCGUCGAGAGCUUAUUAGAGUUACGAAGAGCGGAUCCUGCGGCAAUUUUACUCGACCUCGGUUUCGGUGGUUGUUCAGCCAGUCCACAGGAAAACGGUCCGCUUUCUCGUAUUCCUAACAGGUUCCUACAGCCAUCGACGUUACAAGGCAUUGCUGUAGAUGAAUUUCUUAAGCGGCAACAACAGAGCAGCGAAUCUUUUGAUUCCGUAUCGUUAGGAUAUAGAGGCCUAACGGGAUCGCCAUACGUAGCUCCAUCGGAAAUCGUGCAAAAAAUUAUGGAGCGUUUACGGGAGCACGAAAACCAUGAAGCGGAUACAAGUUUAUGUAAUUAUGAGCAAUACAGCUCAUUGCAUCAAAACGGAACGUUCUCCGUGUUGUCUCCCGAUAACAGGCAAUUCCUCGAGCAGCCACGUUCCAAAAGUCCCGAUAUGCGCAAUAAACGUAUGGUUAUAGGGCAAAAAUCGUUUACUUUUGGAUGCGAUGGAAAUUUGAUCGAAAUACCUUCCAAUACAAAACUUGUGUCCGACGAUGACAGCGCCUUGGGCGCCAGUGAAUCCACAAAAUUAAAACAAUCAUCUUCAGAAGAAAGUGUAAGGUCCGAACACUGCUUUCCGAAGAAUGAUACAAAAUUUGCGAAACAAUUGUCGUUUGACGAAACCGUCGCCGAAUUUCCUGACACUGACCAAUUAUUGAAAGACAAUCGGCAAUCCUCGCUGAAUAGUUUAAAUAUUGCUCGGAAUAGCAUAAACGUCGAUAAUAACGACCAAGAAUGCAAUACGUCAAAUACCAAUCCUAGACGGGGAAAAGAGCAAUUCCCACCAUGCUAUUCUGAUAUUCGCAGAGCUAGUGAUGGCUCGUGCGACACUAAAUCUUUAGAGGAUAAGAUGUUUGACGAGAGACGAAGAUUCAGCGAUGGCGCAAUGCGCACCGUUCAAAGCAACGAGUUGAUGCAAAAGAGGAGAAGUCUCAAAAGACAGUCUAGGAUACGUGAUACAACCGCGAUGCACCGUUCCGAUCCGAGUCCUCCUGCUAGUUCUAGUAUAUCGAAUGCAAUAUUUGAACCUAGCAUAGAUAGUAAAGAGGAAGUAUCAAAUGACGUAAUUGAUAGUACACGCCAAUUAAAUAUAGUAACAUUGUUCGAAUCUAUCGAACAUGAUGAUUUGGAGAUAAAAACAGACACGGUAUCUUCGUCUAACGAACCUAAUUGCAUGCCUUCGUCCUCGAAUAUCGGCAAAUCUACCGACAAGAUGGAACGCUUUGAAACUAUCGAAGAAGAUCCAGCGCCAAGCGAUCAUUCUUGUGCGGAGGAUCAAGUUUGUUGUUACAAAGGUAAAGUAUGUAAAGAUUGCAAACAUAGUAAGAAACGUCCAGAUUCUUGCUGUUACGCCGAAAAACAAAGAUACUUGAAAAAAAUGCAAAAGAUCAUGGAGGAGAAUAAAAAAUUGGAGGAUAUGUUAGCCAGAAACAGAAGAGAGAUGGCAGAAAUUCGUGAUAUGCUGAACAGCGUUUUGUCCGUCAGAAUGGAGCCAGGAUUUUAGUAACAAACAAAAUGGUUAACUGUAGUUAUCAUCUUGUGACGGAUAUAUACAUAUACUAUAGACAGAUUUGUAUUAGAGCGAAGAUAUCUUGUAUGUAUAUUCUUCUAUUUUAUAAAUCAAAUAUUUUUCGAGACGCGUUUUACACUAAUAGACGGUAUGUACAUACGUGAAUACGCACAAUCAAUUUCUCGGUAUAUCUAUUUUUAGUUAAAAUAUUAAAAACACGGAAGUAUGACGUUAAUUCAUCUCUGUGCCAAGUACGAAAAUAUGUCUUUAUAAUCAUAUCUUUGUUCAUAACUCGUUUCUUUACGUAUUUUAUUUAACAUGAGUUAUGGAUAAAGAUAAAAAUGUUGUUAUUACAUUCAGAUUUUAUUUAGUAUUAAGCCUGAGAGAAAGUAUGUGACAAAUUUAGCAUUUUGUUAAAUGUGUUGAUGUAACGACCAGAAGGUAAAUUGAAGUAAAAAGUUCUGUAAAGUGAAUUCCAUAUAACGAUAUGUGCAAACCGGGGACAGGCCUGUCUUACUUAAACGUUUAUAAACAAAUUUGACGUUUGUUAGUUCUUUUCCAUGAAUUCUGUUUCAAGUAAUUGAUUCGAAACAACUGAACUAGCUAUUUUGCCUUCUUUUGUUGUAACAUUUUCAAUCGUUGCAUAUUUGUAUCAAUUACACAUUCCCAUUUGUGUAUCCCAAAUGUAGUUGUUAAGUUUGAAAUCGCUUGUUACCUUGUAAUUGUACUUGUUAAUGAAUGGCUUUCAUUUUAACUGCGUGUCAUAUUCUUACCUUAUUGACAAUAUCUGUAUAGUUUAUUCAGGUUUUUAUUUAUUAGUGUUUUAAUCAUGUACAUGCAAAAGGGUUAAAAUUGUACGAACGUAAUAGAAUAUAGGUGUGAUCGAAAUAAUAAUUCAAGUUCGAUACU